ACAGCUCCAGGUGGUGACAGCUGCUGGGGGGGCGCCUGGCAGUGCCUCGCUGCAGCAGGAGCGCACCUCUGCUCUCUCCUGGCUCCAUCCCGCACCCUUGCAUGGUAACAAAGUCGUGUACUUCCUCUCUGGGUCAUGAUGCCGUUUGGCUGGGGAAGGCUGCAGGGAUGCUGCAGAACGCAGGUCCACCUUACAACAAGACUGACAAACAGGAAAAGUUGUCAGAAAAAGAGCAGAGCAAUUCAGUGACAUCAAACACGCGGCCCUGCAUGUAAGUAGGUACAAGUGACUGUGCAGCUGCAGUAUAGGGAACUAAUGACGUGGCAGCACUUCUGCAAACCAGAACCUGUGGGUCGGAGAGGAUCACAAGCCAAACAUGUGUCAACAACUCAGCGCAGUGUGACAAAAGGCAAAUAGCAGCCUGACAUAUGCAAGCAGGUUUCUAUGGGAGACCAUGGUCUAUGGAACAGAGGAAACUUCUCUUUCAAUGGCUGGAACGCUGGGGGCUGAACUGCUACAUGUACGCGCCCAAGGAUGAGCUGAAGCACCGACUGCUCUGGCGAGAGCCCUACACAGAGCAUGAGGCAGCCUGCAUGAGAUCUCUCAUCGAAGCUGCCCACGGGCAGGGUGUGGAGUUUGUUUUUGCCAUUUCUGCUGGCCAGGACAUGGUGUUUUCAAGUGCUGGGGAUCGGCUCCUGCUGCAGCAAAAACUCAGGCAGGGCCAUGUCCGGGGCUCGCUGCCUUUUUUCUCUCUGCUGCCCAGGGAUCCUAGCAGCCCAUGCCCAUGCCCACAGGUGGCUGCCAUGGGGUGCCACUCCUUCGCGCUGCUCUUUGACGACAUCGACCCCUGCAUGUGCCAAGCUGACAGAGACGUCUUCCCCUCCCUGGCACAGGCUCAGGCCUCUGUGGCCAACGAGGUGUACCGGGAGCUGGGCCAACCCUCCGUCUUCCUCUUCUGCCCUACAGAGUACUGCAGUUCUCUGUGCUCUCCCAGCCCCAGCCAGUCCUGCUACUUGCUGACCCUCGGCCAGGAGCUGCUCCCAGGGAUCGGUGUCAUCUGGACCGGGCCCAAGGUGGUGUCACAGGAGCUCUCGGCCACAAUGCUGGAGGAGGUGGAGGGUGUCCUGCAGCGCCGACCUGUCAUCUGGGACAACCUGUACGCCAACGAUUAUGACUGCAGACGCGUCUUCCUGGGCCCCUACACGGGACGUGCCCACGGCCUUGUGCCCAGGCUCCGUGGACUGCUGCUCAACCCCAACUGCGAGCUCCAGGCCAACUUCAUCCCCAUACACACACUGAGCAGCUGGUUUCAGAGCGAGCUGAGGAGCUGUGCCCACGCUGAUCACACAGGGAUGGAGGCUGCGGCAGCUCUGGGGGACAGCCAGGGCUCACAGGAGGGGAGCUACAGCCCCCAGGAGGCCUUGGAGCUUGCGCUGCUUGACUGGGUGGCCGAGAUAAACCAGCAGGCCUUGGAGCCAGGAGGAAGGACCUCGGGACACCCCAGCAUCAGCCUCAAGGGAGGAACGAGGCUGCAGUCUGGCACAGCCGGAGAACAGGAGGUCACGCCCGACCCCCAGCCCCACAACCCUCUUCCCAGUGGGGCGGACCAGCACGGCCCUGAGCCCUGUGGCAUGGCACCAGGGGAGGGAAGGAGGAAGGUGACCUCGGAGCCUGAGAAGGACGGUGGGAGCAGGAUCUCUGCUGGCGGUCAGCAAAGCCCCACAGGGGACGGGGACCAGCUCCCCAUGGGGAACAGAGAGAGCUGUGAGCCCUCCUCUGCUCUGCCCAGCGCAGCUGGGAGUGCCCAGUCCGCAGGAACCCCGGUGGCUACCGAGACCCUCCACAGCUCAGGCCCCGCAAUGCGCUGCAGCAAUGGGGCCAACGCCAGCCAGAACCUUCCCCUACCCACCCGUGAUGCCAGGACAGGGGAUGGCAGCCCUCCCCAGCCCCCCAGCAGUACCCAGCCCGAGGCCAGCAGGGCUGAUGUGCCCCAGACACCCCCAGGGCCUGAGGCUUGCACCAGCCCUGGCCCCCCAGCACCGCUCACUGAUGGGGCUGGUGCUAGCCCUGGCCCCCCAGCACCACCCACCUCAGAGGAGGCUGGGUCCAGCCCCAUGGCCCUGCUGACCCUGGAGGAGGCUGGGUCUGGCCCCCUGGUACCACUGACUCCCAAGGAGGCCAGGUCCAGCCCCCCAGCACCAGUGACCCCAAAGGAAGCCAGGUCCAGCCCCACAGCACCGGUGACCCCAGAAGAGGCCAGGUCCAGCCCCAUGACACUGCUGACCCCAGAGGAGGCUGGCUCUGUCCCUACGGCACUGCUGACCCUCGAGGAGGCCAGGUCCAGCCCCACAGCACCACUGACUCUGGGGGAGGUGCGGAUGCUGGUGGAGCUCUUCUACCUGCCCUACCAUCAUGGGCCACAGGCGCAGCAUCUCCUGGAGCACUUUCGGUGGCUCCGGGCAAACAGCCUCAGCGUGGCGGUCCCGGCCACAGCAACCGACGCCAGCAGGGGCACGCAGUGGCGUGGCCGAGCCCAGUCCUUCCAGCUGCUCUGCGCUCAGAUAUGCCGCCUGCACAGCCAUUUCGUCAGCAGCGCCGGACGGGCACUGCUCUAUGAUCUCCACCCCUACCUCUGGGACAUCCGCAACAUGCUGCUGGCCGCCAGUGCCUUCAUCCUCUGGCUGGAUGGCCAUCUCCUCUGCGACCCUGACCCCAAGGUCACCUGGGGAAGCUGCUUUGGCUGGUGCCAGAGCAUCGCUGCCCCGAUCCUGCUGGGGGGGGAUGCUGAACCCUGGACGCAUCGUGGGGGCCUCUUUGGAGAGCUGCAGGCACUGCUGCCCGUGGGGAACAGCUGUGACCUCUUCUACCACCCACCUCCGCUCUUCCCAUCCAGCCAGCUGUACCUCCUGCGCCCGCUGCUGCCGCCGGACAAGGGAGAGCUGUACCGAAUGUGCCGGGAGAGUUUGGACUGUGACCCCAAAGUCGCAGACGUCCUUGCGGCCCAUCCCGAUCUCCUCGGUGACAGGCUGCUGGGCAGCUUCCUGAGCCUGAGCCCCGAGUACACAUUUGUGCUGGAGGACGAGGGUGGGCCGUGCGGCUACGCGGCCGGAGCACUCUGCGCUGAAGGCUUCCUGCGACAGCGAGACAGCAACUGGCUGCCUGCCGUACGGCAGAAGUACCCCCAAGACCUGAGUGCGGGUGGCCCAGCUCUGGGACAGGAUGCCCUGGAGGAAGCGCUGCUCUUCUUCCACGCAGAGCUGCCGGCUGUGCCCCUGCCUGUGCUGCGGCGCUUUCCCUCCCUGGUGCAGCUGGGCACAGCCCCCCGCGUGCUGGACGUGGGGGCCAGCCGCAGCCUGGCUAUCUGCCUGCUGAGCGCGCUCAGGGCCAACGGGUCACGGGGAGUGUUUUGCCAGGUCAGCGCCACUGACCGGCAGCAGCUGAGCUUCUACGGCAAGCUGGGCUUCGUCGCCCUGCCAGUGGCCUUGGGCAGCUCCCCCAGCGCUCAGCUCCUGGGACGUCUCCUCUGAGCACGCUGCGUUGGGUGCGGGCAUGGGGAGGCAGCACCAUGGGACAGGCUGACCCCCCCCAUCCAACGCAGCAUCGGCCUGAGGGAGCGGGAGCAGAGGGGCACCUUGAUCAGGGCAGGUACACGUGGUGGGGGACAUGGCCUGGGGGUGAGCAGGGUGUCACUGGGACGCGUGCAGGGCACUACGCUGUGAAGGUCCUUGGGCGACAGAGAGGUAUUUCUGCCAUCUCAGGAGAUUUGGGCAUUGGGGCCCCUCUACUCCUCCCCCAGCUGUUCCUGCUUGCUGAGCACCCUCCACCUUUGCUGGGGAGCCAGCAACAUUCCCAGGCUGUCUGCAGACCACCAGGCCUGGCAGGAGCCACACGGGCGGUAUUUAGGGUGGUGGUCUCAGAGCACGGCACAGCGCGUUAGUGCCAAGGGAGAGUCCCUGACCCACAGGCUGGCCUGUCCAGCUCUCUGCAUCCCCUGUGUGGCCCUAGGCUGGGCAGCCGGUGCCGGGGCUGGCUCUUGGCACCCAGGACCUUCUUGUCUGUAUGGACCAAUCUGGUAUGGGACACAGCGAGGUAGCCUCCACCUCUGCUGCCCAGGGGCUGGGGGAAGUGCUGUCCUUGGCAAUAAAGCAU